GAAUCGCUGCCAUUCUCCAAGUCUGCACAAUUAGCCGUUCGAACCCUGACCCCGAGCACAAUAAUUAAUGAAAAAACAGAGGAUGAAGACAAAAUGUGCCGAGCUGUUUGACUGAGUGAGAGAGAAUAAUACAUCAAAGAGCGUGGUAAUUGGCCCUGCGGCUUUCAUUCCUUCACCCAUUUCUUUCAAUUCAUUGACUCAAAAUAAUGGGUUCAGGUUCAUUAUCAACAGGUCGUAAGCUUUCCAGUGCUAAACGCCUCUGGGCUGUGUUUCAACGCUGUAGAUGAAGCUAAACGUGUAACGCCUGAUAUUGUUGUGGCUUUGAGAGCGAUAUUUACCCAUAAGAUCAAAAAUGCUGGAAUAUAACUGGUACGGUCAGGUUCAAAGUCAUCUGGAGAACUCCAAGUACCACCUCAACCAGACGCAGGCACAGCAGGUAAAACAGUACCUCGCUUUGGGCAGCAAACUCGCUAGCCAAGCCCACCCUGUUGCCCAUCCACUCCCAGGACAGGCCCUGGGCACGGUGCCCGUCAUGCGCAAUGGACACAUGCCACCCGUGAGUGACAGCAGCACGCCAGGAAGCCCGGUUACCCUGCUAACACUAGCCAACAAUCAAGACAGUGAGUUUCCGAUGGAUGAAGUUAUUGACGAUCUUAUUGGCCUUGAAAACGGGUUUAAGGAUGGGAGCUUGGAUUGCAUGGAGCCAGGCAUCAUAAUGCAAAAUAAUGUGUCCCUGAACAGCAGCAUGCUGGAGGUGUACGGUGCUGAUCAAGAACAUGACACCAGGGUCCUGGCCAAAGAAAGACAGAAAAAAGACAACCAUAAUCUAAUUGAAAGACGGCGGCGAUACAACAUCAACUACAGGAUCAAGGAGCUGGGAACACUGAUACCCAAAUCCAAUGACCCUGAUAUGCGCUGGAACAAAGGGACGAUCCUCAAGGCCUCGGUGGAAUACAUUAAGUGGCUGCAGAAAGAGCAGCAACACGCUCGUGAUCUGGAGAGCCGACAGAAGAAACUUGAGCAGGCCAACAGAAGACUCCAGCUACGGAUCCAGGAGCUGGAGAUCCAGGCUCAUGCUCAUGGUUUGCCCAGUAUGACUGCAUCCAUGGGCACAGUCGAACUGUCAUCUCACCUCCUAAAACAACAGCAUCACCAAACCCAAGCCACAGCGGCAUCUCAAAGCGCCCAGGCCCCACAGAGCACCCAGCCACCUAUUUACCCACAAGAGGGAGUAAGCAGCCCAGAAUACACCCAACGGACUUCCUUACCAAGCAUAGUUGGAGAGCAGUCCGACGGCUCCAACAACUUCUCUGACCCGCUCUCCCACUUCACCGACUUCUUCUGCAGCACCCUCAAGGAGGAGCACCAGCGGCUGGAUGAGAUUCUAAUGGACGACCCGCUCUCGCCGUUCGGGACAGACCCGCUGCUGUCAGCCGGGUCGCCCACUGCCGCCUCUAAAGAAAGCAGCCGAAGGAGCAGCUUCAGCUCAGAGGAAACAGACGAUCUCUGACUGGACCGCACUCUCAGAAUGACCUCCCGUUUCUAUUGGAUAACGAAGACGACAUGCAAAAAACACAAACAAAUAAAAGGGAGAUUGACUGAUUGAUCUGAUUGACUGUCUGUACAGCAAUAAUAACACUGGUUAUGUAUUAUAUGAUCCCUCCAUCGCCAAAUGUACAGCUGAAGUCAAAAUUAAGAUUUUUUUUUCUUCCUCAAAUGAUGUUCAACAGAGCAAGGAAUUUUUCACAGUAUUUCCUCUAAUAUUUUUUCUUCUGGGAGAAAGUCUUGUUUUAUUUUGGCUAGAAUAAAAGCAGUUAAGUCAUUUUAAGGUCAAUAUUAUUAGCCCUCUUAAGCAGUAUUUGCUUUUGGAUGGUCUACAGAACAAACCAUUGUUUUACAAUGACUUGCCUAAUUACCAUAACCUGCCUAGUUAACCUAAUUAAGCCUUUAAAUGUCACUUUAAGCUGUAUAGAAGUGCCUUAAAAUAUCUCGUCAAAUAUUAUUAAUGUCAGCAUGGUAAAGAUCAAAUAAAUAAGUUAUAAGAAAUGAGUCAUUAAAACUAUCAUAUUUAUAAAUGUGUUGGAAAAAUCUUCUCUCCGUUAAACAGAAAUUGGGUAAAAAUAUACAGGGGCGGCUAAUAAUUCUGACUUCAACUGUAUGUAUGUGAAAGUUGUCAGCUCUUGCUGUGUGACCAGAUGAGAGAAAGAUCUGUUGUGCCUUUACUGAAAGCAGGACGAUUGUUAAAUUAUUACCAGUGAUGCAGAUGUAAUCGUGCUUAGCAAAAGUGCAAAAUCCUAACCUCUUUAUGUUUCAUACAUAAUGUAUUUUUCCACAAGCAUACUGUUCACGUAUUUAUGUUUUAAUCCUUGUAUUCUCAAAAAAAAAAAAAAAAAAAAACAUUUCUUAUUCUGUUACUUUUAUAUAUAUAUAUAUAUAUAUAUAUAUAACUUUAGGGGUGUGGGAAACACAAUAAACCCCAUUGUUUUUUUGAUAAUCUGAA